AUGUCUGAUGAAGAGGACAGAGCCGGACCUCCACAAAGGCCCAGAAAAACAAACGGACCAAGAGGACAGAUUGCGUGUGCUGAAGUGUCUGAUGAAGAGGAGCUAGAGCCGACCUCCACAAAGGCCCAGAAAAACAAACGGACCAAGAGGACAGAUGCGUGUGCUGAAGUGUCUGAUGAAGAGGAGCUAGAGCCGACCUCCACAAAGGCCCAGAAAAACAAACGGACCAAGAGGACAGAUGAAGCUUCUAGAAACCCAAAGAAACCCUGGAGUGAGGAGGAGAGCCGUGGAGAAGAGGAUGGGGAAGGCAUUCUCAUUUGA